ACAAAAAUGUCACACACAUAUCUACAAAUUAUUUCUAGUAAAUUAAACUUCAAUGUUAGGCGGCGCGUCGACUUGGCAACUGCUAACUGCUGUGCACUUAUUUCUAACAGCUGUUGCCAGCGCUCAAAAUUCAACGCCCAGCACGCAUGCAAAGGUUGUGGGCGGCUAUGACAUUGAGAUCGAGCAGGCGCCAUAUCAACUCUCAGUGCGUUUGCGUUUGGCUGAUGAGAAUAAUGUUAUCCUAGCGAGUGGACAUUUGUGUGGAGGAACGUUGAUAUCGCAGCGUUUGGCUGUCUCAGCAGCCCAUUGCUUUGCUGUCAACGACACCUCCGCUCCCUUAACCUACAAAGAAGGUAAACGAUUCGUAGUCGUCGCUGGCAUAACCUCGCUCUUCAGCGAUGAAGAGUCCGCUGCAGUUUAUCGCGUGGAGCGCAUUAUAGGCCACGAGGACUACAGUCUCAAGACCUUUGAAAACGACAUCGCACUCAUUUAUCUCAACCAGUAUGUACCCUGGGGUCUGGCCAAAGUGCGCGCUGUGCCAAUUGCUGCGCAUCCCUAUCGACCCGGCACAUUGUGCUUGAUCAGCGGCUGGGGCAGACGCAGAGAACGCUUGCAACAGGCCAAGGUGCCGCUGGUGCCGCAACGACUAUGCAAUUAUAUAUAUUUCAAAAUGCCGCCAUCGCAAAUAUGCGCGGGUUUUUUGGCUGGCGGUGUGGAUGCGUGCCAAGGUGACUCGGGUGGACCGCUGAUAUGCAAUGGCGAACUGGCUGGCGUCAUCUCGUGGGGCAUUGACUGUGCCCAACGCAUGUUGCCUGGUGUGUAUGCAAAUGUUUCACAUUUUUACGAUUGGAUUCGAGAAAUGAAUGGCACGCUCAACUAUGCGGAGUUCAGGGAUGUGGCGCUCGAAAAGAAAAGCGCAAGUGUUAGCGCUGCAAAUGUUAGUCAGUUGCUUGUAUUAAUUGGCUGCUUGCUGUGCAAAAUAAUAAAUUGAAUAUC